AUGGUCGCUAUACAGGAUGCUCUCGAUGAGACGGGUACAAUACUGCUAUAUGUUUUCGAUGCUGUUGUCAUUUUAUACUUUAUCGCAUUUCCACUUACGACUGUGAUCUACCAUCCACAUGUGCACUGUUUCCAAAGUAAUCUUUCGCAGGAAGCAGCCCCGCCACCAGCAGCGGCUCCACCACCUUCAGGACAACCGCAUGGGACAAAUCCUGCUGUACCUCCAUUGGAACCUAUAGAAUACUUGGAAAGUCCACGACGACCCUCACCAAUCAGUACUUCUGUGUAA